GAGUUGUUAUUAGAGAACAUAAAAAGAUGUCUUCAAUGAGAUCGAUUUUGAAGAAGACUUAUUCUUGUUUCAAAAAAUCAUUAGGUGAAACAUCACUAGGUUUCAUGGAAGGAAAUCAAAGGAUUCGGCGUUUCAAAUCUGAUGCCAAGGGUUUUCCCGGUUACCGAGAAACUAGUAGACACUUUCAAACCAAGGAGGAAGAGAAGGAAUUCAAUAAGGUGAAAUUUUAUAGAUAUGUGUUAACAAGGACCGAGAUUCCUGAUUAUGGAAAGAUAUACCAGCAGCUUGCGCGUGAUUUAAGGCAUAAGUGUGCCGAUGAGGAACGUUGGCAGAAAUUUGGUACGCGACAUGAGUUGUCUGCGCGAGACACUGAAUAUUUGAAUCAAUGUGAUGAGGCGAUGGAAAGACAAAAGGAAAUCGAGUAUGAGAUUGAUGACAAAAGACUUGAGGAAGAGGUGGAAACAUUAAUCAGGUCAGGGGAUCUCUCGAUGGAGAGGAUUGGUUGUCGAAAUAUUCAAUGAUUGCAGCUUUUGCUUGGCAGAAGAACACCUGAGCCACAUUAUAGGAGAAACCCUAUUUACAAGUCUUGUUUUCUGCUUUAUGAAAGAUUUAAUCACAAUGAUUGCAGCUUUUGCUUGGCGGAAGAUUUACACCUGAGCCGCAUCACAGGAAAAACCCUAUUUACAAGUCUUUUGUCUUUUGUCUUCUGCUUAUGCCGUAGAACAGAAAGUCGAACCUUUUACAACUUUUAUCUUCUUUUCUGUUUUUCUCUGAAUCAGAACAACUUUUGCAUUGCUAGUGCCAAACUCUUGGUAAACGCAUUAGUAAUAAUGAAAUAAAAGUUCAAUAAUGUUUUAGUGAAGAAUGUAUCUUUUCCAACGUUUUUUGUUUUUGGAGGAUUUGUUUUUAACUAAAAUAAUGACCACUAUCUAUUAGAA